AUGGACGCCCUCGACGCCUUUCAAGAUUAUUUCUGGGAUUUUGCACAAGAUCAUCUCCCUUACCAAGUCUACGACACUCUCUACACAUUUUCAGAGCACCUGGCUACCGUCUACUACGGCCUCAACAGAGUCUUCACCUGGGCAUAUAAAUCCGCCAGUGGCACACAGAACGUCGAGGGCCUCUCGGUCUCGGAACAAAUCCUCCCACCGCUGCUGUCCAUCAUCGCCAUUUAUUUUGGACUACUCUCCAUCUACCGUACAACUGCGUCGUUUAUACGAACGACCAUUGCCAUUGUCAAAUGGGGCUUAAUCAUCUCGUUGCUGGCAAUGGGUGCUGGUUAUUUUGCCGGCCAAGGCCAGUUUCAGAACCCGAUUAAUACCGGAAUGCUUCUCAGGGUAGCUUCCGAGUUUAUGAACGGCCAAGACCGCGUGAUGGCUACGCCCGAGGAGCGCGAAGCUAAUCGAGGUCGCAGUUACGGAGGUCGCACACGUACGCAACCUGGAGACGGGCAGAGACGUCGACCAAGCAUCUUUGAACCGUUUCUCAAGAACCAGAACCAGGCGCAGGCAGAGGAGGUGCAGGAGUACGUCAAACAAGUCGUCGACGGCGCUCAAAAGGUCUAUAAAGAUGGAUCUGGUUUCUUUGACAUUUUAUUCAAACGUUCUGCCGACAAGGGCGACGGCAGCGGAGACGAGACGCAGAGGCAGACCCGCUCUCAGACGAGGCGGCCCAGACGCUCCAGAGAGAACUGA